AACCUUCCCUGUCCCCCUUCUCCCUCACAGAACACAACCAUCCUUUGUCCCGUGUACCAUGGAUUCCACUUCUUACCUGCCCAAGGAAUCCUCAAAUUCCCAAAUUCGGAUAACCAUAUAACAAUUCACAAAAAAAUCACUCGAAAAAACCAAACCCACAGGACAAAAAAACCUUCCUUUUGUUUCCUGUCUAGAUUUAUCUUUUAAGUUAAUUUCACUUAAAAUUCAGUCUACUAGAAACCCAUCAAAGAAAACUUGAAAAGUUUGAGUCUUUUUUUAUUAUAUUAUUAGUAUGCAUAGAUCUAGAGCUGUUAUGGCUUGGAAUGUGUUCAAGUUUUGUACGGCCUUAAGGGGUUUAGGCUCGAUCAUGAUCUUGUUGGUGCUCGGUGUUGUUGUCGUCACAUAUUAUGCUGUUGUUUUGAAUAAUUAUGGCCCUGCUUUAUAUGAUGGUGACAUUGAUUCUCUCGUUUCUCUUGCUGUCUUGAUCACAUUCCAUUCUUUGCUAGUGAUGCUAUUAUGGAGCUACUUCUCUGUUGUUUUAACUGAUCCUGGUAGUGUGCCUCCUAAUUGGAGGCCUGCUAUUGAUGAGGAAAGAGGGGAGGCCGAUCCAUUGAAUGGGUCGGAAUGUAGUGGAGUGCAGUCUGACCAAUUAAAUCAAAGAAUCCGGUAUUGCAGGAAGUGCAACCAGCUGAAACCACCUCGUUGCCAUCAUUGUUCUGUCUGUGGGAGGUGUGUGCUAAAGAUGGACCAUCAUUGUGUAUGGGUUGUAAAUUGUGUUGGGGCCUUAAAUUAUAAGUAUUUCCUUCUAUUUUUGUUCUAUACAUUUCUUGAGACAAGUCUUGUAACUUUAUCUCUUCUACCACACUUUAUAGCAUUCUUUAGUGAUGGAGAAAUUCCUGGCACUCCAGGCACUCUUGCAACCACAUUUCUUGCCUUUGUCUUAAAUCUGGCAUUUGCAUUGAGUGUUCUGGGAUUUCUGAUCAUGCACAUAUCUCUGGUAUCUGCCAAUACAACAACUAUUGAGGCAUAUGAGAAGAAGACCACCCCAAAAUGGCGCUAUGACCUUGGUCGAAAGAAGAAUUUUGAGCAGGUGUUUGGAGCAGAUAAGCGAUACUGGUUCAUUCCAGCUUAUUCAGAUGAAGAUACAAGGCGAAUGCCUGCACUUCAGGGUCUUGAAUAUCCAUCAAAACCUGAUUUUGAUUCCCAAGAAUUCUAGGCAGCAGUUGUGCAUCCAUGAACUAGGGUUUUUUUUUUCCUGUACAAUAGAUGUUCGAUUGCAAAUUAACCAGUAUACAACUUGCAGCUGCUAAUUCGCCCCUAACCAUUCAUUCCCACGGACAUAUUGUAGAAAUAACCAGAGAGAGAGAGAGAGAGGGAACAGGGAGCAUUGCAUUGAGAAGCUGAUCAGGUGAAGCAAUACCUAGGUUGCUUGAAUAGUGGGGAUGGCAUGAAAGGCUGAUGUUUUAUAUAUUGUUCUGAUUAUCAGGAGCUUGAGAAUUGUAAGAUAAGGAAUGUGGAUUCUUUAGUACGUGGUGCGUUGCUGAUGUUUUUGCAAGUUUUGUUGUACCAUUUGAAUGGAAAUAUAGAAAACUAGUCUGGUUUGCAUU